AUCUCUGCUUUCUGGUCACAUCAGCUCCAUCCUUGGUCCUUUGAUCACACAAUCUUCCAAUCCCCAUCAGCCAUCAACGACACACGUUCAUCCCCCCUAAUGGAACAAACACAUAAUCCCGAUCCCCAGAACUGGCCCCGCCUCUCCUCCCCAUCCUUUUCCUCUUCUCGCCCUGUCCCUCGGUGGCUCCCUAUUCUCGGCCCCACCCAAGUCCUCGUCCUCCCAUCCUUCCUCUCCCCCACCGACACCCAAUCACUUAUCACCUACAUUCAACAAGAGAUGAAGGUCCAGAUCGACGAUAAACUGGACCCAUUAACGCCUCGUCCGCGCCCUACUCCACGCCCUGGCUACGCCUUUCGUGAUAACGACCGCAUCCAGUUCCAUUCCCCAGAGUUCGCGUCUAUGCUCUGGAACAAAUGUGGCCUUCGCGAUCGCUGGACAGAGCUAUGGCUUCACCCUAAGUUCGGGCUCGAGAGCGUCCAAGGCGAAUGCAUAGCAUCAGGGCCGAAGAAUAACAAGCGGGCGAGACAUGCGGUAGGAUUGAGCAGGAACAUUCGGCUGUAUCGAUACCAGAAGGGACAAUCUUUUGGAGCGCAUUACGACGAAAGCGUCAUGGACAGGACGGAGGAGCUUGGAGAGACGAUAUCGGAGUACACGGUGUUGAUCUAUCUCAAUGGCGAGAGAGACUCGGAUUUGCAAGGUGGCGAAACGGUGUUUUAUCCAACGGGGAAGAAGAAGGCACUCCCCUCGUCUGCACCGGCGAAUUCAUCUGGAUCAGGAUUCGGAAAGCAGACAAGGAGGGCGACGAAGGGAAAACAGACGCCCUCUACAGCGGCAGAAACAGAGAAGGCAAGUGGCGAUGAGUCUUCAGCAUCUCUGUUGUCAUACACCCUUCCAAACGGAGGAGUGGCCGUCAAACCAGAUAGGGGGCUGUUGCUGGUCCACAAGCAUGGAGAUCAGUGUAUGCUCCACGAAGCGCUCAUGGUCAACAGGGGAUACAAGUAUAUUCUCCGAACAGACGUCGUCUACGAGCCGUAGAUCCGCCGAUCUGAAAUAAAGCACCCCCCC